AUGGCUUGGGGAUUGUUCCUCGAGAUUAUCUAUCAUGCCGCCAUGAUUUGGCAAUCCCCGCAUCUGUGCAAGAACCUUGAGAACUUUUUUGAUCUCUUGGCUCCAGAGAGGUCUGAGCUUGGCAAUAGUGGUGGCAUUGAAGAGGUCGUUCAUGAUGAGCUUCCUUAUAAACUCCUAGUAAGGUCCGAAAGGGACCAUGGUGACAAAGUUGUCAUAGGUGAGGCAACGGGUGGCAGAGGUUCGGAACAUAGAGUUGAAGAAGGUGGCCUCGUGGGUUUGGAGGAAGAGCUUGAAGAGUUCAGGAAAAGAGGCGACCACGGUGGGCAUGGAGCCAAGAUAGAAGGAGAAGAUGGGGCCAUGGCGCUUGGAGAGAUGGAUGAGGGAGUGGUGGAUGAGAGGGUCCAAGAGGUGGAGGUUGUGAGAUGGAUCGGAGACUUGCGAGUUGAGGCAAUCGCCGGAUUAUCUGACUGGAGCAAUGGAGUGUUUUUCGCUGAUGGUAAGGUCAAUCCUAUAGAAGGUGAACUUUCUAAAUCACUGCUGGACAACAACAAAUGCUAUUUAUUGGACUGUGGUGCUGAGGUAUUUGGCUGGGUUGGCUGGGUCACACAAGUUGAAGAGCGAAAAGAACCUUGUCUUGCAGCUGAGGAUUCUCUAAUACUGGUGCUGAGGAUGGAAGAGGAAAAGUUGCAGAAGGAAGUGACCAGACUACUGGAGGUAGAUAUCAUCUACCCCAUCUUAGACAGUGAAUGGGUAAGCCCAGUACAAGUGGUGCCCAAGAAGUCUGGAGUCACUACAGUGAAGAAUGAGCAUGGAGAGCUCAUGGCAACCAGAGUUCAGAACGCCUGGAGGGUUUGCAUUGACUAUAGACGCCUAAACCAGGCCACUCGUAAGGAUCACUAUCCUCUUCCAUUCAUUGAUCAAAUGCUAGAUCACUUGUCAGGUAAAUCACAUUAUUGUUUCUUAGAUGGUUACACAGGCUAUUUUCAGAUUCAUAUAGCUCAUGAAGAUCAGGAAAAGACCACUUUUACAUGUCCUUUUGGGACUUAUGCUUAUAAGAGAAUGCCCUUUGGCUUGUGCAAUGCACCAGCUACUUUCCAAAGGUGCAUGAUGAGUCUUUUCUCUAAUCUUAUUGAGGACUGUAUGGAGGUUUUUAUGGAUGACUUUAGUGUAUAUGGUGAUUCCUUCAAUCUUUGCUUAGAUAGUUUAUCUAGAGUGUUAGAUAGAUGUGUCAGUACAAACCUUGUAUUGAAUUUUGAAAAAUGUCACUUUAUGGUUAAACAAGGGAUUGUACUAGGACAUGUUGUGUCUAAUACUGGCAUUUCUGUAGAUCCAGCAAAGGUGGAUGUUAUUUCUAGUUUACCU